UGUCGAGGCCAUUUCUGUGCGUUUGGUGCUGUAUGUAUGGUCAACAAGACAGAUAAUACAGCUUAUUGUCAAUGUACUAAUAAAUGUCAACCAGUAUUUACUCCUGUCUGUGGUACUAACGGGGUUACGUAUGCUAGUGAAUGUCUGUUAGAGAAAACAAGCUGUACAACUCAACGUAGAAUCAAAAUAAAAUCACCUGGUGAAUGUGACAAGAUAUUUGCACAAAUCUGUUUUCAUAUCAUUUAUCUGUACUUCCUGACUGUAAUUUCUAAAAAUAAACUUGUCAUCACUAUAGCUACUGCCAGUGACUUCCAAAUAUGGCCAAGAAUACCCAACCCAUGUGAGGGAAAACUCUGCCGAUUUGGCGCCACCUGUAAAUUGUCUAUCGAUGGUACCGAAGGACGGUGUGUCUGUCCACCAAGAUGUGAUUCAUACGGGGACAGCCUGGGAAGUACGCCAGUGUGUGGCAGCAAUGGAGUGGACUACAAGAAUAUGUGUGAACUUCACAGAGCAGCGUGUAGUGGAAUGAGAAAUAUUCGUGUCAAAUAUUAUGGAAAAUGUGAUCCCUGCAGCAAACAUAAAUGCAUCCUUCCACAAAUUUGUCAACUGAACGAGCAACGGAAACCUGUAUGUAAAUGUGAAUUUCGCUGCCAUGACGAUUUCGAACCAGUUUGUGGCAGUGACGGGAGAACAUACAGCAAUGAGUGUCUCCUACGACGAGAAGCAUGCAAGUCUCGGAAAGAAAUUACUGUCACUUACAAUGGGAAAUGUAGCACAGGAGAUAACCCAUGUGAUAAUAUUCGCUGCGGGCCUGAAGAAGAGUGUAGUAUUGAUCGUCAAGGGCGAGCGUCAUGUAUCUGUCCCAACCCGUGCGAGCCUGUUAUGAGACAAGUCUGUGGAAACGACAGUAUGACCUAUGAUAACGAAUGUGAAUUGAGACGAAAAUCGUGUUUAACCAAAAAAUAUGUUACAGUAGCUCAUACUGGUGUUUGUGGUAAGUUUUCUAAAUGUUUAAAACAUGGCCCUUUCUGUGAUGUAAAUAACAUAAUUUGUAUUUUUUUCACAGGAGGUGACGUCCCGUGUAGAAAUUAUCGGUGUGACUAUGACGCUGAAUGUAUAGAAAACGAGGGGAAACCAUCAUGUGAAUGUCGAAGCUGUAAUGAACAAUAUGACCCAGUUUGUGGAGAUAAUGGUAUAACAUAUGAAAACGAGUGUAAAUUAAGAUAUGAAAACUGUAAAUUCAAACUGACUGUUGGUAUCAAACAUAGAAGAUCUUGUAAUGGCUGCGAGAAUGUAAAAUGUGAAUUUUAUGCGAUCUGUGAAAGUAACGGUAAUCAAGCUAAAUGUGUCUGUCCAACAUCGUGUAUUCCAGUGGAAGCUGAAGUCUGUGGAAGUGAUGGACAAUCUUAUCUCAAUGAAUGUGAACUGAAAGUAGCAGCUUGUGAACGAAAACAAUUUAUUUCUAUAGCUUCCACAGGUUCUUGUAAUAAAUGUGCGGAUGUUGUUUGCAAAUACGGAGCGAAGUGUGAAAAUGGAAUCUGUGUCUGUCCUAUCAUGUGUCCGACUACACGCGAGACAGUCUGUGCCAGUGAUGGAAAUAUCUACUCUAAUGAAUGUGAGAUGAGAAGAGCGUCAUGUGCCCAGAGUGUUGACCUUGACAUUGUCCCUAGCGACCGUUGUCAAGAUGAAAUCCAUUCAGGGUCAGGGAGUUCAGGUGAGAGAGCACUCCCUCCAUCCUGGGCUGAUAUUUCAGAAGGUUCAGGUGAUUUGAUAAUGACAUCAUGUGACGAGACUACUUGUAAAUAUGGUGGAAAAUGUGUCCAGGAUGAUGAUGGUGAUGGUAUUUGUUAUUGUCAUGACAACUGUGAUGCUCUCAGAGCACCUGUUUGUGGUUCUGAUGGUCGUAACUAUGGUAACGAAUGUCAGUUAAAAUAUGAAUCUUGUCGUCAACAGAAAGAAAUCUCUAUUUUUCCUGACGACAGUUGCGAUGCUAUUAUAUUACAUCUUGUUUCUUAUUUUAUUUCAGAAAAACAGAUUAAACUAUGUUCUGAUACUAAAUAUGGAUGUUGUCAGGACGGAAAAACAGUAGCUCCUGGUCCGAGUAGAUCGGGUUGUCCAGAGUACUGCCAUUGUAAUGUUCUUGGUUCGUAUGGUUCAACUUGCGAACCCCAAACACGUCAGUGUACCUGUAAGCCUGGAGUAGGAGGACUACGCUGUGACAGAUGUCAGCCUGGAUAUUGGGGACUACAUAAAAUCAUCGAAAUGGGAAAUCAAGGAUGUAUUCCAUGUGGAUGUGAUUAUUAUGGAUCUAUAAGAGAUGAUUGUGAUCAGAUGACAGGACGAUGUAUGUGUAAAACGUCUAUUAAUGGUAUGAAAUGUAAUUUGUGUAGUGACGGCAACCAACUAGGACCACUAGGCUGCGAAGAUGACAACCGUCCCAAAUCUUGCCGUGACAUGGUCUGUAAGUUUGGAGCUAUCUGUGAAGAGAGUCAUGGACGUCCCGAAUGUGUCUGUGAUCAGAUGUGUGAUGAAAGUGAGGCUAGACGUGAUAUUGUGUGUGGAACAGACGGACAGAAUUACGGCUCUGAGUGUCAGUUGGAGAUGUUUGGUUGUCGUCUGCAGAAAGAUAUUACUGUAGCUUACAGAGGACCUUGUAGAGGU